AUCGAACGUGCGCGCACACGACCGUGUCAAUGGCGGACACGGCCACCACCCCGCUUCUAACAAGCCACAGGGCCAAGCCGGCAAAGACGCCAUCCAUCGACGACGUGAUUGAGAUGUACAUAGGCGCCGCUGGCGCCUGGCAGCUUCUCAAGGCCGUCUUGGUGGCCUUCGCCUGGGCCUUCGACGCGCAACAGGUGUUCAUCUCCGUGUUCACGGACGCCGAGCCUCAGUGGCACUGCCUCGGCUCUCCCGGCAACUCGUCAUGCUCGCCAGCCGCGGCAUCUCCAUGCGCGCUCCCGCCCAGCACGUGGGCGUGGGACCGGCCGGCCGAGGCGUCGGUGGUCUCCGAAUGGGCCCUCGAGUGCGCCGGCCCGGCGCUUGUCUCCCUUCCGGCGUCGUCGUUCUUCGCCGGCUGCCUGGCCGGUGGCUUCCUGCUCACGACGCUCGCAGACUCGCUCCUCGGGCGCAAGAAGAUGCUCUUCGUGUCCCUGGUGUUCAUGUCCAUCGCCGGCGUGCUCACGGCCUUCGCCCCGAACGUGUGGGCGUACGCCGCCCUACGAUUCGUUUCCGGAUUCUUCAGGUCGAUGGUGGGCACGUGCACGUUGGUCCUGUCCACGGAGCUCGUCGGGAAGAGGUGGCGCGACAUGGUGAGCGUGGCGGCAUUCUUCUGCUUCACCCUCGGGUUCCUGUCUCUCCCGGCGCUCGCCUACGCGUUCCGCAAGGCGUCCUGGCGGAACAUGUACUUCUGGAUGUCCGUGCCUUGUCUCUGCUACUCCAUUCUGCUCUACUUCCUAGUCCAGGAGUCACCGCGGUGGCUGCUGGUGCGAGGCCGGAAGCAGGACGCCAUCGAGGCGCUGCGGCAGAUCGUUUCACUCAACGGCAGCAGCACCACGACCAGCUUCUCCAUGCUGGACGCGUGCACCGUGCACGAGGACGCCGGGGUGAGCAGCUUGAGCGUAUUUGCCACACUACAGACUAUGUGGGAGCGGCAGUGGGCGCUCCAGAGGCUGGCGGCGAUCAUGGCGGCCAGCUUCGGCGUGGGAAUGGUCUACUUCGGCAUGCCGCUAAACGUCGGCAGCCUGGGCUCCAAUCUCUACCUGAGCGUCACGUACAACGCGCUGGCCGAGCUGCCGUCUGCCAUCCUCUCGUGGCUCCUCGUCGUCAGGGUGAACCGGCGGAGCUCGGUGAUCGCGCUCACCGCUGCGGCGGGGGCGUGCAGCCUCGCGUGCGUCGCCAUCCCGCGGGGCGCGGCGGCGGCGCGGAUGGCCGUCGAGCUUCUGUCCUUCUUCGCCACGUGCACCGCGUUCGACGUCAUCCUGAUCUACUCCAUCGAGCUGUUCCCGACGUGCGUGCGCAACUCGGCUGUGGGGCUGGUGCGGCAGGCGAUGGUGCUGGGCGGCAUGGCGGCGCCCAUGCUCGUCGCGCUCGGCCGUGAGAGGAACUUCUGGUCGUUCGGUGUGUUCGGGCUCGCCAUCGGAUGCUCCGGACUCUUCGUCGCCUGCCUGCCGGAAACGAAAGGGAGGAGCAUGUCGGAUACCAUGGACGAGGAGGAGCACAAGGAGGCCACCGUCGCGUCUUGCACUGGCGCGGCCGCCGGUGCCACGUAUAGCGAUAGCUACCUUGUGUGAUUCCGCACGUUCAUGUUGUUUUCACGGUACAGUAACUUCUGCUUGGAUAUCAACCACGUAGCUUAGCUGUCACUCGUGUAAUUAAACUGCCAUUAAUUUGCUGUGUACUACUUCCUCC